UAUAUAUAUACAUAUAUAUAUAUAUAUAUAUAUAUUGAAAAUCACAAGCUUCAUUAUACAUAAUUAGACAUUCAUAGUUUUUUCAUCCCCUCUGCCAGAUUCCCUAGUGUUUACAGACUCAAAGGACAUGGGAAUCCCUCAUUUUCUUGCAAUACCAUUCCCAAUCCUAGGACACAUGAAUCCCCUUCUUCAAUUCUCCCAAGUUUUGGCCAAAUAUGGCUGCAAAAUCACUUUCUUGUGCUCUGAUGAGAACUACAAUAGGCUGAUGAAAACUGCAAGUUUUGGGAAUGAAUCACAGAUAAACUUGGUAUCUCUCCCUGACGGUGUAGACCCUGAAGAUGACAGGAAAGACCAGGCCAAAGUGAUUUUGACCACAAGAACCGCCAUGCUUGCCAAGCUUCCCAAGCUCAUAGAUGAGAUAAAUGCUCUGGAUAGUGACAAGAAGGUUUCUUGUAUGAUUGUUACUAAAAAUAUGGGAUGGGCCUUGGAUGUGGGCCUCAAGAUGGGAAUCAAAGGGGCUCUAUUCUGGCCUUCUUCAGCAACUUCAUUGGCCUCCUUCAACUGCAUGCAAAGGCUUAUUGAUGAAGGAAUUAUAGAUUCUCAAAGUGGACUCCCAACUAGGAAACAUGAAAUUCAGCUUUCCUCAAAUUUGCCUAUGAUGGAAGCAGCUACCAUGCCAUGGUACUGCUUGGACAAUCCCUUUUUCUUCCUUAAUAUGAUGCAAGAGAUGCAAAACUUGAAUUUGGGAGAGUGGUGGCUUUGCAACACUACAUUUGAUCUUGAGGCAGGAGCACUUUCCUUAUCACCAAAGCUUCUACCAAUUGGGCCAUUAAUGGCUAGUGAGCACAACACAAGUUCCUUGUGGCAAGAAGACAGAACAUGUCUACAAUGGUUAGAUCAACAACAACCUCAAUCAGUCAUAUAUGUUUCAUUUGGUAGCAUGGUUUCAACAAAACCAAACCAAUUUAAGGAACUAGCUCUUGGACUUGAUCUCCUUAACAUGCCUUUUCUCUGGGUUGUGCGUAAAGACAACGGUAUUGAGGAAAACAAUGAAUACCCAGAUGAAUUCAGGGGAAUUCAGGGGAAAAUUUUUAGUUGGGCACCACAAAAGAAGAUUUUGAGCCACCCUGCAAUAGCAUGUUUCAUUAGUCAUUGUGGUUGGAAUUCUACCAUAGAAGGUGUGUAUAAUGGGGUGCCUUUCCUGUGUUGGCCUUUCUGCAGUGAUCAACUCAUGAACAUGACAUAUCUUUGUGAUGUGUGGAAAGUUGGGCUAGGAUUUGAAAAGGAUGAAAAUGGAGUAAUUUCAAGAGAAGAGAUAAAGAAAAAGGUGGAGCAGCUGCUUCAAGAUGAAGAAAUAAAGGUAAGAUCCUUGAAACUAAUGGAAAAGGUCAUCAAGAACAAAGAAGGUGAUAAAAAUCUUAAAAAGUUUAUCAAGUGGGCCAAAGAAUAAGAAAGUUCUUCUUGUGAGUUUUAAAUUGCGGUUGCAUUACCGCUGCAUUAUUAUAAAACUACAGACAAAUGUUGGUUGAUGUAAUCGGAAUUGCGGUAUAUUGUAGGGACACUAAAUUCCGUGACAUUGUGGCGGCUAUUGCAUUGAAAUUUAAACCUCGUUCUUGUUUUUACUUCAAUAAAAUACUGAAAUUGUGCA